GGACUCAGCACUAAAGCGCUCUGCUCUAUAACACAAGACAAAACGAAAAACAAAAAGAAAAGGAAAAAAAAUUGGGUUCGGUGUGGCUGCCUGAUUUGCAUUUUGCGAUUUACUGGGCACACCCUAUUCCUUCUCUAUUCCCUUCUCUGUGUUGGUUGGGCUCCACGGAGAAGACGAAGAAGUGGAAAGAGGGACAAAAUUGGAGAGAUAUAUAUCUACACCCAGCGCCAUAGAGGGCUGCCCCUCCCCUCCCCGUCUGUGUCUAUCUUCAUUUACUUUGCUGCAGCUGCUGGAUUGCGUUCCCUUCCGAUAUCCAGUGUAAUCCAUCCCUUUAGGGAAAUUCUUUUUUGUUCUUGUUUCCGCUCCUUCCCCUCUCUCUCCCCCCCUCUAUAUCUCGGUGCUUCUGCUCGCCGCCGCCAACUGAUUAUCAACAUCUCUGGCUGCCCUUUAUAAAGACCUAAAAUUUAACUGUUCCAUUAUCUGUAACUGGGAAUACUGUGCAUUAGAAUGGCUCGAAGGGGUCACCGGCAAAAGAAUGGAUUGAAUUUGCAUUCACCUAGUGAUAGAAAGGGAGUUUCAAGUCAUGGCCUUUCACCUUUGACUAACCAGCAGGAUAGAGGUAAUGUCAAUGGCGAAGAGAUGGAUUCUGGUGAAGAACUUUCAAAUGGUAGCUAUUCCGUGCCUCCCACAAAGAGCACUACUGAGAUAAAUCAUAGUCAGGAUGGGGGAAGUAGGAAGAAGUAUAGGGAAUCUCAAAGAAAAGACAGAAAGACUACAGGUGGGAAAAGUGCAAGCAGUGAUGCGCCAUACAAUGGUAAUCCUGAAUUAGGAAAGAAUGGCAUGUCUACAUCUGAAUCUCCAGAUAUAAGAGAUGGAACUGAACUACCCCAUGUUCCUCCCAUAGAUCAUACGAAUGAUGAUCUUGGAAAUUUAUCUGAUGGUCUGCAUAGACAUACUUUGGAUGAAACUCACUUCCCUGAAACAGUAGUUUUUAAAUUCAUAAGGACUGGAGCCAUUUCUGUAGCAAGGUCAUUUGCCAACUGGGUGCAGAGGCAUAAACCUACCUUUGUCUCGGUAACAUCUAACAUCGUAAAGGCCUGCAAUUAUGUUCAAAUGAAGAUUCAGAAAGCACAACCUAUAAUAUUCCGGCUGAUUACGCAUAUUGGGGGUGUAAUGCUUCUUCUGUUUAUGGUCUGGUUGGACUGUGCAGUAAGGGGCAUUGAUUCCUUCCUCCGCAUGGGGACAACAUCUUUCUUCUCUAUUCUGUGGUGCAGUGUUCUUUCAGUUAUUGCCAUGGCUGGAUUCAACAAGGUUCUAUGCACGCUGGCUGUAGCUGCUGCUGUUGGAUUUUUUCUUGGGUUCCUGCCUGCAUUUCUAUUGAUUGGCCUUGUUGGCAUGUUGUUUCUAUGGUUUUAUGGAAGCUUCUGGACUACAGGACUUAUUAUCUUCCUUGGAGGCUUAACAUUCAUGAUGGCUCAUGAUCGCAUUGCACUUUUUAUUACAAGUGCGUAUGCUCUUUAUUGUGCAUGGAAUUAUGUCGGAUGGCUUGGUUUAGUUGUGGGGAUGAACUUAUCAUUUGUGUCAAGUGAUGCUCUGCUCUUUUUCCUGAGGAAUAUAAUAAGUGAACGAGGAGCGCCAAAUAGCUCUUCAGAACAAGCAGCUGGAGUUCAAGGCCAACAGCCCUCUCCUAAUCAGUCUAAUCAUUCUUCACCCAUGGAGAAAGGAGCUACUGGCCUGCCUGAUCGCAGCCAGGGAGUCCCUUCUACUAGUGGAAUUGAUUCAGAAAUGACAUCCGAAGAUGAAGUUGUGAGGUUGUUAAACUGUUCAGAUCAUUAUGCUGCAUUGGGUCUAUCACGAUUUGAAAAUGUUGAUCUCUCUGUUAUCAAAAGAGAUUAUCGGAAAAAGGCAAUGCUUGUUCAUCCUGACAAAAAUAUGGGCAAUGAAAAGGCUGCUGAAGCUUUCAAGAGACUUCAGAAUGCUUAUGAGGUUCUGCUGGAUUCCACCAAGCGAAAAGAAUAUGAUGACGAAUUGAGAAGGGAAGAGUUGCUGAAUUAUUUUCGUAAAUUCCAUAAUAGCUCAAAUAAGCAUAAAGGGCACAGCUUGUUUCAAUCCAGCUUUGGUCAUCCUGAAGCUGAUGCUGACGAUCUUAUGGGAGAGUCCAGAAGAAUAGCAUGCAGGAAGUGUGGCUCAUUUCAUUUGUGGGUUUAUACCAAGAAAGCAAAAUCCAGGGCAAGAUGGUGUCAGGAAUGCAAGGAUUUUCAUCAGGCUAAAGAUGGGGAUGGAUGGGUUGAACAGGGCUCUAAACCCCUGUUCUUUGGAAUAUUGCAGCAGGUGGAAGCACCCUCUGCUUAUGUGUGUGCGGAUGGCAAGAUAUAUGAUGCAAGUGAAUGGUACAUUUGUCAGGGGUUGAGGUGUCCUGCCAAUGCUCAUAAGCCUUCCUUUCACGUAAAUACAAGUGUUGUCUCAAAGAAUGGUCGUGCUAAGGGAGCCAGUUUCGGGCAAAGAGGAGGUGCGGCGCCUAAUCCGGAAGAGACAAUGAUGGAGGAGGAACUCUUUGAAUGGCUAAGAAAUGCCACUCAAAGCAGCACAUCUGAGAAUUUUGGCGGCAGCACGUCUGAGACUUCCCCUGGGUUUGAUUUUAAGAGCAGUGGUGGCGGAGGUGGCGGCAGCGGUAGCAGCAACAACAGCAAGAGAAAGAAAAAGGGCAAAAAGCAUUGGUGAGCGUAUUUGUAGCUUUAGCUCUUGAGAUGGGAUGGAAGAUACAGGAGCAGGAGCAGGAGCAGCCAGGGAAAGCAAAGAAGGAAGAAAAAGGGGAAGGGAAGGGCAGGGCAAUGCAUUUUUGCUCUCUCACCUGCGGAUGGAAGGAAGAUGGACAUAUUUGGAGAUGUGUAUCUUUUCUAGAUAUAUAUGUAGUAUUCCUAGGCCGACCAAGUUGACAGAUUUUAUACCCGAGAUGAGCUUUAUAGAAGGAGGGUUGAUUGUACAGCGUGUUAUAUCACUACACCUACCGGGCUGACCGACUGACGGGUUUUGCUAAGCAUGAAUGAAUCCCUCCCUCCCUGGCUUUCUUUAUUGACUGACUGACUGACAGUAUCAACUUGCCUAAAUGAAUCAAUGUUGUCUGUCUGUCUGUCACUUGUUGAUGAUUUGCAGUAGUGUGUUGUUGUAUUAUUGUAUUGAACUUCCUCCCUUCAUAGCAGACAGACGACAACAGCAGCACGGCUAAUAAAAUAUAAUUAAUAUUCUUCUUCA